GGCCCAAGAGGGGCGUGAGGCCGCGGGCGCGGGAAGAUGGCGGCGGCGGCGGCGGCAGCUGCUGCAGAGCAGAGUUCCAAUGGUCCAGUGAAGAAAUCCAUGCGUGAGAAAGCUGUGGAGAGAAGGAAUGUUAAUAAAGAGCACAACAGCAACUUUAAAGCUGGCUAUAUCCCCAUUGAUGAAGACAGACUCCAUAAAACAGGACUGAGAGGGAGAAAGGGAAAUUUAGCUGUCUGUGUAAUUAUCCUCUUGUUUAUCCUGGCUAUCAUCAACUUAAUUAUAACAGUUGUCAUCUGGGCAGUAAUUCGCAUUGGACCAAAUGGCUGUGACAGCCUGGAGUUCCACGAGAGCGGGCUGCUCCGAUUCAAGCAAGUGUCUGACAUGGGAGUCAUCCAUCCACUCUAUAAGAGCACAGUAGGAGGAAGGCGGAAUGAGAAUUUAGUCAUCACUGGCAACAACCAACCUAUUGUUUUUCAGCAAGGGACAACAAAGCUCAGUGUAGAAAAGAACAAGACAUCUAUUACAAGUGACAUCGGCAUGCAAUUUUUUGACCCAAGAACUCAAAAUAUCUUGUUCAGCACAGACUACGAAACUCAUGAGUUUCAUUUGCCCAGUGGAGUGAAAACUUUGAAUGUUCAAAAAGCAUCAACUGAAAGGAUUACCAGCAGUGCUACUAGUGACUUAAAUAUAAAAGUUGAUGGGCGUGCUAUUGUACGUGGAAAUGAAGGAGUAUUUAUCAUGGGAAAAACCAUUGACUUUCACAUGGGUGGAAAUAUGGAGCUGAAGGCAGAAAACAGCAUCAUUUUAAAUGGCUCUGUGAUGGUCAGCCCGACACGCCUGCCUGGCUCCUCCAGUGGGGACCAGUUCAAUAGUGGUGACUGGGUGCGCUACAAGCUGUGUAUGUGUGCAGAUGGGACUCUCUUCAAAGUGCAAGUGACCAGCCAAAACAUGGGCUGCCAGAUCUCAGACAACCCUUGCGGAAAUACUCACUAGGAGUGCU